GGGCGCCAAGAUGUAUUACUACGGGAUCGCAGCGGCCGCUCUGCUGUCGCUCUUUUUGGUACUCAUCGCGUACGUCGCCGUCAAUACUUUCGCAGCAUCCGCCGGGGCCCAAGACAGGAAUGGCGACUCCACCACGUCGCCGCUGUUCGUGUACGGAAAAGACCCCCCCAAGACCAAGCAUAGACAUGAGACGACGACCACAACGACAACGACGACAACGACGCGCCCCCCUUCCAUCGGCUACGGCUACACGGUGUGCACCAUCGGACGCAGCGGCCUCAGCGUGACCAUGUUUCCCGUGAAGGAGGGGCUGUGCGACUUCAUCAUCUUCACGCACGUCCACCCCAGCAGGGGUGCGCUCGUCUCGGCCUCGGGGAACGUGUCUUUCGAGGCCUUCCUAGAGGUCUCGGCGGACCAGGCGCGUGACAGGCGUACGUUGUUCGGCCUCAGCCACUCGCCGCACGCGCUCAGCUCCGACCUCGCCCAGAGCGGAGGCGGCGACGAGGCGGCCAAGGAGUUCCUGUCGGCCGCCGAACAACUCUACGGCGAUGCGGGUCUCUCCGCCAUCGGCGUCAUGGGCCUCGUUCGAAAAGUGAUGGACUUCACGCAUGAGCCGAAGCUGGUCGCCUGGUUCCAGGCCCUUUCUGUAUUUGCAUCACGGAUUACCAACGGAACAGUUUUCCUUGGGCUCAGGCUGAAGGACAAAGGAAAAGACCUCGCUUCAAAAGACAAGCUGGCCAAGGAUGUCUUCGCAACGGUGAAAAAGAUGAAGGUGAACCUGCUUGUGUUAGUGACUCACAACGUCAAAGACAUGGAUCACUCCUCGUGCAUCUCCGAGCCGGUCAGCUCGUGGUCGUCCAAGGCCUACAGGAACAACGAGAGACUCGCCCUAGAGCAAAUCUUCAAGUUCCUCGUGGCUGGUCUGCGUAAGAGGACGAAGAUCGAGGUUGCCCUCUCCUCCACUCUCGUGUUAGUGUCGUUCCAGAUGAAGAAGCCGGUGUCCAAGCCGGUCAAGUUCGGCCAGCCGUGUGUUCGAAACUACAGGAUGUCCAUGGAGAGGUACUGCGUGGACGCGCUGCCUAACGUGCGAAUCGACCACGACAGUCUGAGCGCAGUCGGCUUCCACGGAAACACGCUCUUUACCUUCGAGACGCCCAAGAGCAUCGAGAAGAAGAUGCGCCGGCUCGUCAUGCCCCUCGACGACGUGGUGUUCCACAGAGUGGGCUGGGCGUUCUUCGACCUCGCCUUCGAGAUAUAUGACGAGGGCUCCUGUCCCUCCAACGGGAGCGUAAAAAUGAACAAGUUCGCGCGGGUUGCCGUCGCCAAGCCCAUAUUGACGGAGAAUAGGGAGCGUACAUUCAAUAAAUGA